AUGGGGUGGGUUUGGGGGUUGGUGUGGGUUGGUGUGUGGUGUAUUGGGUUUGUUGUUUGGGGGGUGUGGGUGGGGAUGGGUGUUUGGGGUUUGUUUUGGGGGGGGUGUGUUGGUUGGUGGGGUUGGUGGUGGGGUUGUUGGGGUUUGGGUUUUGGGGGGGGGGGGUUGUGGGUUGGUGUUGUGUGUGUUUUGGGGGGGGGGGGGGGUGGUGGGUUGCUGGUUGUGGUUGUGGGUGGGGGGGGGGGGGGGGGGGUGGGGGGGUGGGGGGGGGGGGGUUGGGGGGGUUGGGGGGGUGGUGGGGGUGGUGGGGGGGGGUGGUUUUUUGGGUUUGGGUGGGGGGUGUUGUUGGGGGUGUGGGGGUGUGGGGGGUGGGGGGGUGGGGUGUGGUGUGGUGGGGGGGUGGUUUGGGUUGUGUGGUGUGUGUGUGGGUGUGGUGGUGGGUGUGGGGGUUGUGUGGGGGGGGGGUUGGGGGGUGGUGGUGGGGGUGGUUGGGGUGGGUGUUGGGGGUUGGGGGGUUGGGUUGGGGGGGGGGUGGGGGGGGGGGUGGUGUUGGGGGGGGGGGGGUGGUUUUGGUUGUGGGGGUGGGGUGGUGUUGUGGGGGGGUGGGUUGGGGGGGUUGGGGGGUGGUGUGAGAGUUUUGGUAUAUUGGUGGUGUUUUGUUGGGGGGGUUGGGGGGGGGGGGGGUGGGGGGGGGUGGGGGGUGGGGGUGUUGUUUGGUGGGGGGGGGGUGGGGGGGGGGGGGGGGUUUGGGGGGUGGGGGGGGGGGGUGGUGGGGUUGGUGGUUGGUGUUGUGGGGGGGGGGUGGGGGUGUUUGGGGGGUGGGGGGUUGGUGGGGGGGUGUGUGGGGGGUGGGUGUGUGGUGGUGGUGGGUGGUGGGGGGUUUUGUGGUUGUGUGAAUGGGGGGAUUGGUUUUUGUGGGGGGGGUUGUGUUUUUUGAGUUUUUGGGUGUGGUGGUGUUGGAGAUGGUUGUAUUUUGGGGUAUGGGAAGAGGGGAGGAUGAAGGUGAUGGAGGAGAAGGGGGGGUGUUACUGGGUGGUAGGAAGGGAGGGGGUUGGGGGGGAUGGGGGGAGGUGA